CUCACUUUGAUAUCAUAAUACACGGAACGCAAACUUGCUAAGAGCUCGGAUUUUCACAACAAGCACAAUAUCUGCUGCACGCUAGAUAAAAAGUUGUCGAAGAUGGGUCCGUUCGAAGAAAUAUUGAAGUUUAUUGAAGAUAGCAGAAUUCAUAAGGCAUAGAUGGAUCAACAUAAAUGUUACGAAUCGCAUGUUAGAGCAUUUUGGAGCAGUGCAUACUACGAAGAAGAUGAUAAAGCUAUUCACUCUGCAGUAAAGAUGAAAGAUGCGAACGGAAAAGACAUUGAUGUGGCGGUAAAAUUCAUAGUUGGCGAUAUUCGAAGAGUGUUGGAUUAGAAAGAUAAAGAUGAAGAUCCAAUAAUUGUCCCUGAAAGAUUGUGCAAAGGUUUGUGGAUGAGAAUGGUUAUACUGGAUUUGUGAACGAUCAAGCUUACACAAAGUCGAAGUUGUCGAAGCCUUAUAAGUUUCUUAUUCAUUCAAUUAUACAUGCACUAGGCCACAGGAAGGGUGCUUAUGAUGAAUCUGUAGAUUAUAUCAUGAACAUCGUCACGUGUUUAAUUCUGAACAGGCCCUACAAUAUUUCACAAGUGAUCUUCAAUCACAUGCACUAGGCCAAGGUUUGUGCAGAUGUUAUUAGACGAUCAGAUUCCAAACUUGCCGAAGGUUGAUGGUGAUGAGCUGAAGUUAAUUCAUAUGGAUAACGAGACCUUGAAGAGGUUAAAUGUUUAUAGAGGAGUUGAAAAGGGAAAGCAACCAAAGUUUAAAAAGAAGUUUGCCGCGAUAGAGAAAGCAGAUUAUCAGGCCCCGGAAGAUGACAAAUGGAGGCACGAUAACAGUGGUUCUGAUGAUGAAACAAAGAAGAUGGAAUAGUUUGUGCCUAAGAAGACUAGGUGGUGGAUGAAGAAAGAUGAGAAGCAGAAAAAGAAAACUACAACUCCACGUACACCAAAAGUUGCAACUCCUAAAGCUGCAUCGAAAAGAGCUCCAAAAAAGCAGAAAUCACCACCGCAUUUGGUCGAUGAACCAGAUGAUGAUGUUACUCCUGAAAACAUUGAUAUUACUAUUGCAGGUGAUCCAGUUGCAGAUGAAAUCACAGGUGAUGAUCAUGAAAUUUUCUCUGGUGAAAUUGAAGCUAUUAUAGCUAAUCAAGAUGCUGCGAAAGCUGCUCAGAAUGUUGAAGCUGCAGCUGGCGGUGAGAAAAGCGGCAAAAACAUUAAGGCUAUGAAAGAGACGUUAGUUGAAAGUGAGGUGCAUUCAGAUUCAAGUGAAACUGAAAGUGACAUAGAGGUUACAAAGAUGGCACCAACAUCAUAUGUUAGCGGGAAAUUCAGAAUGAAAGGUCCUUCCAGAAAGAAGAAAGGUUCUGAUAAAGAAGAUGCUACUUACGAGCCUUCAGCUUCUGAGAAAGAAAAGUUAAAGAAGACUAAAGGUUUAAAGAAGCGUAAAGCUCAGCCAACAAGUGAUGUUUCAAAAAAGCAGAAAGCCAGAAAGAUUACAACUUCUAUUCCUGAACAGAUUCCGGAAGUUGAAACGGUUAAAAAUGUUGAAGUGGAGAUUCCUGUCAAAAGAGAAUUCAGAAUGGUUACACCUCCAGCUUCUCUAACACCUGAAUCAAUUCAAGUUCAAGAAGAUGUUCAUGUUACAACACCUGAGCAACCUGCAAAGAUUGUUGAAGAACCAGGAUCUACUAUAAAGAAAAUACCAACUCCCAGGAAAGAAGGUUCAAGUUCAGGUUUUCCUAAAGUUCCAUCAAACCUUGAUGCUGGUCCAACAGGUCUAGAAGAUUUUAGAGACUUCUUUAAUGAUGCAAAAGUUAAAUGAAUUGUCAAAGAAAGUUGCAGUGUUGGAGAAAUCAAAAGCAUAAAUUGAGGAGAAGUUGAAGCAGAAAAUGUCGUUCUAAAGAAUGAAAUGAUAGCUAUGCAAGAUCAGAUUGAAGAUGUCAAAGCAGGUAACAAUGCAUUGAAUGAGGCAAUUGAUGAGCUGCUAGUUGAGAAUUAUGAUUUGAAUGAGGCAAACACGACAAUAAGCAAUGCUAAUGAGAUCUUGCAAAAGGAGAUAGAAGAUCUGAAAGUCAAAGAUGAAAAGAAGUCGAAGCAGAUAGAGAUGUAUACGUUGUGAUAGAAGAUCGACCUGGGAUCAAUGUUCAGGCGGCGUUCGAUGAAAUUGAAAUCUGAAGAGCUAAGGCUCGGAGGAUGGAGAAAGAACAGAAAAAUGUUGAAGAUGUCGCUGAAGCUUUAAAGGAUAAAAGAAAGGGUGUUGUGGUUGAUAAUGAAGAAAUUCGUGGAUCAUCCAGUCAACAAGAGCAGCAACAACCAGAUGCUGAAGUUAAUGUUGCAGAUGCUGAAACUGAAAGAGCUAUCGUUCUUGCACAACAGUUUAUACGUGUAGGUGAGACGAUAGAUGUUCCUUACAGUGAAGAAGAGACAAAGAGGCGUGAUGAGAUAAAACGUCGAAAAGAAAAGAAAAAUAAUGUGAAAGUUGACAAAGAGGGUGAAGAAGAUGAUGAAAAGGAUAAAGAGUUAGAAGAUUGGUUUGAUGAUAUUGAUAAUUAUCAUGGUGAUGACGAUAAUGAUGAUGUUGAUGAUCUGGGAGGUAAUGGAGGUGCACCGAUUGUGAGACCACCUGGUGGGCAUCAAGUUGAUGAUUACCUUGAUGAUACUCUAAACGAGGAAAGAGAGGAAGAACAGCCUCAGGGGGAGUCUACAUCGGGCGCAAAGGAAGCUAAUCUUCAAAAGGUAUUCUCUAAUACUCCAAAAGUUUUGUUGGAUCUGA